GCAGCGAGUUUGGGGAGCAAGCACACAAAGAAGCACACGCCCGCAAGUGCACGCUGCGUAAGGGUUUUGAAGGAGGGCACAGCCCCCAUUUGCCAGCCCGUAGAGCGCUAGGCGUUCCUCCGGCUAGCGAUCAGGACAACAUUCCAUGGCGGAGAGGCAGGUGCCGAGCGCGACCUUAGAGAAACGAGUAGCUCGCUGCGGGGCAGGCAACAAAGCUAAAACACGACGCGGCGGUCUACAAUUCGAAGCAUCAAAUCGCGCCGAGCGUGGUCCAGGUCGUCCGCCACACGGGCGGCCUGAAGCGGAGCUUGGCCCGUACGCAGAAGGUCUUGUCGGUCAUGAAGGUCGAUCAAUUGAACAGUAUCAACUCCAGGACCACGGGUCUCCAGAACCCCCCAAAGAACAGGAGAUGGAUGCUACAGCAGCCCGAGAGAAGGGCGUAUUGAGAGGCCGAUUAGGAAACAGCCUAUUUAAAGUGGUACUUGCAUGGCUAGCUGGAGCUGCAAGAAAUUUCCUCUCGUCAAGGACCGGGCGCUGGAUAGCUGAAUUUAAAGGCUCGGGCCGAUUCGCCGACACAUAUUUCAGCGUUGUGCGGUAUUGGAAGACUCCAGGACGCCAUCCGCCUCUAGCGGUUUGUGACGAGUUGGAAAAUGGGCUUCAUACGUCGGCCGCAGGGACGGAUAAACGUCAAUUCUGUAGUCAUGCAUCGAGAAUGCUCGGUGCCUCUACGCUCACCAGCGAUGAACGGAUGCAUCAAAUAGUAGAUGCAAUCCUGGAGAAUAUUGUAGCCGAUGAAAAUCUGGGCAGCUCAGUGCUCAGACGCAAUGGUGGCACCUAUGUCAUGGAAUUGAUGAAGCACAAGAAGGGCGUUGGAGGGUUGCACGCUGACUGUGCUUGCUUGAGGAAUGUUAUCAUCGUUGUGAAGCUGUCGGGUGAAAGCUAUGCAAGGAUCCUGGUCCCUAACUACGACGAUGGCCGAUCUGGUGCCAGAGAGGAUGGCGAGUUUAUCUUCAAGCAAAGUCCAGGGACGUACUACAUUAUGCGGGGCGCGGCUCGCAAGAGCAAGCACGAGAUUACUUACACGGAGGAGGGCUGGACUCUAUUGAUUCGUACGGAUUGCGGCGAAGAGGAGGCCCCGCUGACACGGGCCCAACGCGCGGAGCGAAGGAACAAAUCCCGUCGAAUUGACGCGUAGGAGGGCGUGUAAGAGGAGUGUAAGGUU